AUGGAUAGCGAGACUCUGCGUGUGGCCAACGUUAGCCAGAUUCGAAACCAGCUCCAGAUCAUCCACGAUCUUAACACCCGCAGCAACAUCAUAACCCUUGACACCAAUACUCGGCAUACUGCCAAAGCGUCAGAUGCGUGCACCUUGAUUGAGUAUGGUAUGAUCAAUGCAGUCAAGGACAAGAUGACCUUCCCCAUUCAAUCAUUCCUCAAGUACAAUCCUAGUGACAUCCAGAAGGAAAUAUCUCUACCCCCAGUACAUGUCCGUGGAACAAAGACUACGUAUCAAAAUUAUUCGACCCAGAGACAUUGA